AUGUUAGCCAAAGAACCUGGCCCCCUUCCUGUCUGCAAAGACGUGGGAUGCUUCCAAGGCAGCGUCAAGGUGAUCGCCUGUGACGACGAGCGCUCUGCGGAGCUAUACAAAGCCGCAGUAAAGGAGUUGAGGGAGGGCGCCGGACUCGUUGCGUUGAGCUGGUCCGACGUACCUUGCCGACCCCGUGCAAGGAUCUGGAUCCCGGCAUCCAUCAAGGCUCCGGACCAGAUCCUCACCAUGCUGCAGCGAUGCAACCCACACCUUCCCACCUCGGACUGGCGAGUGGUAAAGGUCGACGAGAUGGAAGGUCCAACAAACCAGGCCAUCCUUAUCUUAAACAAGGAGUUCCUAGCUCCCAUUGAGGUCGGCCAUGGGGAGCUAAACUUCGGUUUUAGCUCAGUGACCAUAAAGGUCUGUAAAUCGGACUUCGCCAAGGAAUAUCAGAAAGGCGGUGGAAGCAUGAUCGCGGAAAUUGCCUCUGAGAUCGAGGCAUCGGAAGCCGAGGACGGCUACUCGACCGAUGCCUCAAUCUAG